AGCAGUUGGCUUUUUUAGUGUGUUUUCUUAAUGUUGCGGCGAUAUUUUGGAAUGGCACUGAAAUACAUUGACAUUGGGGCCAACCUGACGGACCCCAUGUUCCAGGGCUGCUACGGCGGAUCCCAGAAGCACCAGGCCGACCUGGACAUUGUUUUGGAACGCGCGUGGCAACAGGGUCUGCAGAAGAUCAUCGUCACUGCCGGCUGUCUCAAGGAUGUGGACGAGGCACUGGAUCUGGCCUCCAAAGAUGAACGCAUCUACACCACGGUAGGCACACAUCCCACUCGUUGCGAGGAAUUCGUACCAGAUCCUGAGGGCUACUAUGACCAGCUGCGAUCCAAGAUCAAGGAAAAUCGGGAAAAGGUGCUAGCCAUUGGAGAAUGCGGUCUGGACUACGACCGCCUGCAGUUCUGCGGCCAGGAGACACAGCGCCUAUACUUCGAGAAGCAACUGGACCUGGCCGCCGAGUUUCAACUGCCCCUGUUCCUGCACAUGAGAAAUGCUGCUGAGGAUUUCAUGGCCAUCCUGGAAACAAAUCGGGAAAAGAUCAAAGUUUGCGGCGGAGGAGUAGUGCACAGCUUUACGGGCACUCUCGAGGAGGCACAUCGCAUCCUGGCCUUUGGUGGCCUCUAUAUAGGAGUGAAUGGCUGUUCCUUGAAGACGGAAGAAAACGCAGAAGUGGUGCGCCAGUUGCCCAACGACAGGAUAAUGCUGGAAACCGACUGUCCAUGGUGUGGUAUACGUCCCUCGCAUGCUGGUCAUAAGCAUGUGACCACCAAGUUUGCCACCAUCAAGAAGAAAGAGAAAUGGACUGCCGAAUCUCUGAUAGACGGACGAUGUGAGCCCUGUCAGAUCAGCCAAGUUCUGGAGGGAAUAGCUGGGAUCAAGCAGGAACCCAAAGAAAAGCUGGCAGAACAGUAUUACCAAAACACCUUGGACUUGUUCUUCAGCAAAAGAAAAGAUUAGGAAAAUGAAUAAAACCCUUUUUGAUUUA